UAAUCCUAACAGGUAACCCGCUGUAGGGAUGCAUAUGCGCCGCCCCCCCUCGGCGGUGAGUGAGUUGCUGGAGCCCCGUGAUGUGGUUUGGUGUGGGGGAGGAUAGCAGCUACCAGUCAGAUAAACACUCAGCAUUGGUUUGCAGAGCAGGAGGAACAUGGCGGCACAGUUAGGCAGCAGAAAUGUUGUUUCACUACCGCGAAGGUCAGAGUUGCUUCGGUUAAACGGAAUUUAACAGCGAGGAUUCCGCCAAAAGUGUCAAAUUGUAACCUCUCCCAGUAGAGAUCCGGUGAAUCCACAUUCCUCUGGCGAGCAGGGAGAAGUGGAUGAUGUUUAAAGGUUUCCAAGCGUUAACAUCUCGCAGCAAUGGCCUGAGGGAUUCUCUGGACUAAAACCAAGACGCUGAUAUGCAUUGAGGAUGAGUGGAGUUGGUGAAAACUCAUCUGACCCUGCAAGGGCAGAAUCACGAAAACGCAAAGAAUGUUCUGCAGAACCUAUAGGACCCAGUCCCAAGCGGAGCAACGAAAAACGCAACCGCGAGCACGAGAACAAAUACAUCGAAGAGCUCGCCGAGCUGAUCUUCGCCAACUUUAACGACAUUGACAACUUCAAUUUCAAGCCUGACAAAUGUGCAAUCCUGAAGGAAACUGUGAAACAAAUCCGACAAAUAAAGGAGCAAGAAAAGGCAGCAGCAGCAAAUGAAGAAGAGGUACAGAAAGCUGAUGUCUCAUCAACAGGCCAAAGUGUCAUUGAUAAAGAUGCCUUGGGACCAAUGAUGCUGGAGGCCCUUGACGGGUUCUUCUUUGUGGUGAACAUGGAGGGGAACAUCGUGUUUGUGUCUGAGAACGUGACCCAGUACCUGCGCUACAACCAGGAGGAGUUGAUGAACACCAGCGUGUACAGCGUGCUGCACGUCGGAGAUCACGCCGAGUUCAUCAAGAACCUGCUGCCUAAGUCUCUCGUCAACGGUGUCCCGUGGUCCAGCGAGGGUCCGAGGAGGAACAGCCACACGUUCAACUGCCGAAUGCUCGUCAACCCUCACAGCGAGAACCAGGAGGAGGCGCACGAGCAUGAGUCCCAGCAGCAGAAAUAUGAGACCAUGCAGUGUUUUGCUGUUUCAGAACCCAAGUCCAUCAAGGAGGAGGGAGACGACUUCCAGUCGUGCCUGAUCUGCGUGGCGCGGAGGGUUCCCACCAAGGAAAGGCCCAUGCUUCCCACACAUGAGAGCUUCACUACACGCCAGGACCUGCAAGGUAAGAUAACAUCCCUGGAUACCAGUCUGCUCCGAGCGUCCAUGAAGCCGGGUUGGGAAGACCUGGUAAGACGCUGCAUCCAGAGGUUUCAUCUACAAAACGACGGAGAAAUGUCUUUUGCCAAGCGACACCAGCAGGAAGUGCUUCGACACGGCCAAGCGUUCAGUCCAAUCUACCGGUUCUCGCUCUCUGAUGGAACCAUGGUUUCUGCUCACACCAAGAGCAAACUGGUGCGUUCAGCCGCCACCAACGAACCCCAGCUCUACAUGUCCCUGCACAUCCUACAGAGGGAGCAGCAGGUCUGUGGAAUGGGUCAGGACGUUUGUCCCGGAAACCAGGAGACGGGGAUGACUCCCAAACCGAUGAACUCCUCCACCCCCUCCAUGACUCCACCAACACCGGGCAGCGUGCCGGGUUUAGGACCUCAGGGCCAAGACACUACUAUCAGCAGCAACAGCACGCCUUUCUCCCCACCGGGUCCCGCUGGUCCCAGAGAACCAGCGGCCAUGGGGGGCCAUAUGCAAGGCUACCGCUUUGGCUGUCCCCCAUCACACAACUACACCGGGGGCAUGCAGCCGCCACAGCAGGGCCCUAACUGGAGGAUGAACAGCCCUUCUCGCGCAAGCCCUAGUCCGGCUGGGGGGCCCCACCCGCCUCAGCAGAACUCUAUGCUGUCCCCCAGGCACCGUGUUAGCCCUGGGGGCGCAGGCAGCCCACGUGUAGCCGGCGGUCUGCACUCUCCCUCUCCGGUGGGUAUGUGUGGUGUGGGGCCUGGGAGUGCAGGCAGUAGCAGCAGCAGCACUCAUUCCAACAGCUACACUAGCAGCUCUCUGACGGCUCUGCAGGCCCUCAGCGAGUGUCACGGAGUCGGCCACGGGCACACACUGGCCUCUGCAGACCAGAAGCUAGUCUCUCCGACUAGCAUCACCCCGGUGUCGGGGGUCAGCGCUCACCCGCUGUCAAAAUUUGGAGUAAACACCAGUGGUGGAGACUUCGGACCUCAUCCUGAGGUGAGUCAGGGACACCCCCAGCCCCAAUCUGAAAGCAACGCAGCAGAGCCCAAGGAGGAGAGGGAGGGUGUGCUCGAGGGCCAUGACGCUCACAGCCGCGUGCCUGACAACAAGGGUCACACCAAGUUGCUGCAGCUGCUCACCACCAAGCCAGAACCCCUGGAGACGCCGCUGUCCCCCGGCGCAGGAGUGGAGGGGAAGGAGCUGGCCGGAGCAGGGGUCCGAGGCGGCCACGCAGCAGGGAGCACUCACGGAACAUCCCUCAAAGAAAAACACAAAAUCCUCCACCAGCUGCUGCAGAACAGCACGUCCCCCGUAGACCUGGCCAAACUCACCGCUGAGGCCACCGGCAAAGAACUGGGCCAGGACCAGUUACAGGGGGCUGGCAGCACAGCGUCCGGGGUGGAAAUAACUCCCAAGCAGGAGCCGCUGAGCCCUAAGAAGAAGGACAACGCGCUGCUGCGCUAUCUACUGGAUAAGGAUGACACUGUACUGAAGGACAAGGUCCCUAAGCUGGAGCCCGGGGAAGUGAAGGUCGAAGAGGUCAAACCCUCAACGGUCAAGGUGGAGAAGCAAGACCCAGGCUACGACCACGUGGAGCAGUCGUCGGAGCUGGACGACAUCCUGAACGACCUGCAGAGCGCGCAGCCUCAGCUGUUCUGCGAGCAGCGGCCGGUUUCGUUGCCCAGUCCCAUGGACAAACAGAACAUCAUCAACGACAUCCUGCAGAUGUCCGAGGCCGUCCCUGCUAUGGCGGCGCAGCAACAGCACAGAGGCAUGGCGGCUAACAUGGUCCCGGCUGGGUUUGGGGGCGUCCGGCAGGGUCCGCCAGGCAGGGGUCUGCCUGUGAGGAGCGUGUCUCUGGACAUGAACAUGUCCCCCCAGCAUCCCCCGUUACAGUACCCCCUAAGGGCUUCAAGCCCCUACACUCUAAUGCAGCAGCAGCAGCAGCAGCAGCAAGGCAUGAUGGGAAGUCACGGGAUGAUGCCUAACCAAGCUGGAAUGCUCAACGCAGGGCUGAUGGCUCCGGGGGGCCCACGACCGGGCAUGCAGCAGCAGCAGGAGAACUGGGUGGCUUCUCCAAUGGGAGCGUCCGCCCCUGGACAGCAAAACGCCAUGCAGGUCAGACUGGGGCCCAACGGCGCUCCCAUGAGGCCGGGCAGCCAGCCGGGGCCUCGCCCCAUCCUCCAGACCCCAAUGAUGGCCAACGCGCCGCCUGAUAUGAACAUCGGUAUGGUGGAACACCAUUUCUCCCAGCCACAGGCUCCGCCCAAUCAGACAGCUCCUUGGCCAGACAGCAUGAUGCCCAUCGACCAGACGGCGUUUGUGAACCAGAGCAGAGCUGCGCUCCAGGAUGAACUCCCUGACGGGAGCUCGGUGGACGAAGGGGUCCUGAUGUCCCAGCUCUACACAGCUCUAAAAGACUUUGAUGGUCUCGAGGAAAUCGAUCGUGCUCUCGGGAUCCCUGCCUUGGUGGAGCAGAGCCAGUCCCUGGAGCCAGACCAGUUCCCCCAGGACCCCUCUAUGAUGUUAGACCAGAAGCCACCAGUGUACGCGCAGCAGUUUGGCCCGCCGCCAUCCCACAUGACACCAAGGGGCUUCCCUGCGCCGCCCAUGCAGGAGCCCGGGUUUCACCCUAUGUCGGGUCAGAUGGGCCCACGGUCGGGUUACCCCAUGAUGAGGAUGCCGCCACGGCCAGGACUCAGGCCGGGCGCGGUGCCCCCCAACCAGCCAAAUGCACUACGGCUGCAGCUCCAGCACCGGCUACAGUCUCAGCAGCAGAACCGUCAGCCAAUGAUGACUCAGAUGAGUAGUGUGUCAAAUGUGAACCUACCUCUACGAGCCAACGCUCCUACCCAGGGAACCAUCAAUGCCCGGAUGUUGGCUCAGCGUCAGCGCGAGCUGCUGAGUAAUCACCUGAGGCAGAGGCAGCAGGUGCAGCAGCAGCAGCAGCAGAGGAGCAUGGCCAUGAGGCCCAACCUGCCUCCCAACAUGACUAACCCCAGAAAUCCUCAGGCAACCCCCCAGCAGUUCCCCUACCCGCCCAGCUACGGUACCAGUACAGGCCUGCCCUCGUCACCUCCCCCCACCAACUCCUUCUCCUCCCCUCUCUCCCCAAGCCUACCCCCCAACCCUCAGCUCCACCUGCAUGGCACCUCCUCCUCUUCCUCCACCUCCUCCUCACAGAUGAUGAUGGGAAACACAAACAUGAUGGGCGGACAGUACGGGGCCGUACUCAGCCCCCAAAUGCAGCACAGUGCCUUUCAGUUUCCCAACUCAGGUAUGAGCCAACAGUCAGAAGGAGGUUUCGGAGGAAGCAGCACGCCUCAGAGCCCUCUGCUUUCCCCUCGCAUGGCCCACACUCAGUCCCCUAUGAUCCAACAGGGCCAGCAGAACGCUGCUUUUCAGGGCUCCCCCGACAUGAACGGCUGGCCACAGGGCAACAUGGGUGGCAGCAGUAUGUUUCCGCAGCAGCAGACGUCGCCACAGUUCACGCAGCAGAGCAGCAGCAGCAUGUACAACGGCGGCACCAUGAGCCUGAACGCCGUCUCCAUGGGCAGCAACAUGGCGCCCAGCAGCAUGGGCCAGAUGACUGGACAGAUGAGCGUUACGUCCAUGGCGUCGGGGUCUUCGCCCGGCCUGCCCUCCAUGGGACAAGAGCAGAAAUACUGUUGACCCUCCGGAAGCCUUUUAACAUCAACCUCAAAGAUCAGCUGGUGCGAGGAGCGCGUCGACCCUUUAAGAAUCAGAAAUGCAAGCCACCCGACUGCCCCUUGAACCAGCCGGGUCGUGCCCUGACCUCCCCCUCCUCACCCUCCUAUCCACCCACCCCCAUAGCGUAUUCGGGAGUGUGUAGUAGGCCGGGGACGGACCUCUGCCCAUUUCGCCUCCUGGUGGAAAGCCCG